AUUGCCUAGUGCAGGAUGGGCUAAUGGGAAAAGAAACAUUAUGGCUGCCAGUUUGUCUCUGACUCAGCUUUCAAGUGGAAAUCCUGUCUAUGAGAAAUACUAUCGGCAGGUGGACCUGUCCAACACUGGCCGAGUCGGGGCGUCUGAUGCAGCCUUGUUCCUCAAGAAGUCUGGCCUGGCAGACCUGGUCCUGGGGAAGAUAUGGGAUUUGGCAGACGCAGAACGGAAGGGGUUUUUGAACAAACGGGAGUUUUUCAUUGCUUUGCGGCUGGUGGCCUGUGCUCAGAAUGGACUCGACGUGUCCCUCAGCAGCCUCCACCUGGCCGUUGUGCCACCCAAAUUUCAUGACACCAGCAGCCCGCAGCUCGUUGCUGGAGCAGUGCCUAUCGAUGUUCCCUGGGCUGUCAAGCCGGAGGAGAAAGUGAAGUUUGAUGCCAUAUUCGAGAGCCUGUCCCCAGUGAAUGGCAUGCUGUCUGGGGAUAAAGUGAAACCAGUGCUGCUGAAUUCCAAACUGCCCGUGGAUGUUUUAGGACGGGUUUGGGAACUGAGCGACAUCGACAGAGAUGGAAUGCUGGACAGAGAUGAAUUCGCAGUGGCCAUGUACCUGGUGUACCGUGCCCUGGAGAAGGAGCCUGUGCCAAUGUCCCUGCCUGCCUCGCUGGUGCCACCUUCCAAAAGGAAGAAAUCUGCCCUGCCCAGCGUGGUGCCCCUGCUGCCCUCACCUCCCUCUGCCAAGGAGCUCCGCCAGUCCCUGCCAGCAGGGGGCAUGCUCCCCUCCAAAUCCCCACCGGUGCCGAUAGCAGUGAAGUGGGUAGUGUCCCCAGCUGACAGAGCCAAGUAUGACGAGGUGUUCCUGAAAACAGACAAGGACCAGGAUGGGCUGGUGUCCGGGCCCGAGGUGCGAGACAUCUUCCUGAAGACCGGCCUGCCCUCCAGCACCCUCGCUGACAUCUGGGAGCUCUGUGACACAAAGGACUGUGGGAAGCUCUCCAAGGAGCAGUUUGCUUUGGCUCUGCACCUGAUCAACCAGAAGCUGACAAAAGGGGUUGAUCCACCCCAGGCCCUGACUGGAGACAUGAUCCCGCCCUCAGACAGACUGACACACCAGGGCAAUGUUCCCAGCAGCUUGGUGGCAGACUUCUCCGCGAUCAAGGAACUGGACUCCCUGAGCAAUGAGAUUGUGGAUCUGCAGAGGGAGAAGACGACCGUGGAACAAGACAUCAAAGAAAAUGAGGACAGCAUCAAACAGAGAACCAACGAGGUCCAGGAGCUGCAGGACGAGGUGGCGCGGGAGAGCGAGGAGCUCCAGAGGCUGCAGGCCCAGCGACAGGAGAUCCAGGAGGUGCUGGGGGAGCUGGACCAGCAGAAGACAGCCCUGGAGGAGCAGCUCAGCCUCAUCCGCCAGCAGAGCAGCCAGGAGAGCCAGCUGAUCUCGUCCCUGCAGGCAGAGCUCUCCAGCCAGCAGUCUCGGGUGUCGGGGUACGAGGAGGAACUGGGGCGAGCUCAGGAGGAGCUCAGGAAGCUGCAGCUCGAGAUGGCUCAGAUGGAGCAGAAGGUCGAGGCUGGCAAGGUCCGGCUUGAGCCACUGCAACAGGAGCUGCACAGCACCCAGCAAGAGACCAUCAAGGUGCAGAGCAAGCUGUCUGAGCUGCAGGAGGCAGAGGAGGGCGUGAAGGGCCAGCUGACCUGGCGCAGUCACCUGCAAAGCGGCAUGGUGAACGGCACGAGCGAGGGGGAGCGAGCCGAGACCCCCGAGCAGCAAGAGGACCCCGACGCAACCUCCAGCCCUCAGGAAGCUGAAGAGGAGCUCUACACAGACUGGGACACCACCAAGCAGGCAGACACUCCAGCGGAGAGAAGCAGCCCAGUAUCCUCCUGUGCAGACACAAUGAGUGAAAGAGAAGUGGUGACUGAAACAGCAAGUAUUCCCAAGGAGGAAUCCUUUGAUGCCCAGCCAAACCCAUCUCCUCAGCAAGCCAGCCCCUCUGCACAGAGCGGCCUGGACUUCUUCCAGUCGGACCCCUUCACAGACAAUGACCCCUUCAAAGAUGAUCCAUUUGGGAAGGUGGAUGUUUCAGACCCCUUUGGUGGAGACCCUUUCAAAGGCACGGACCCCUUUGCUUCAGACUCCUUCUUCAAGCAGCCGUCGGCAGACCCCUUCUCCUCUGUGGGAGGGGACCCCUUCAGGAACACAACAGGAAGCACAGUUCCUGCCGACUCCUUCGGUGCUGCAGCCGGCAACACUGGGGAGCCAGACCUCUUCAGCACUACAUCCAGCAACACUGGGGAGCCAGACCUCUUCAACACUGGGGAGCCAGACCUCUUCAACACUGGGGAGACAGACCUCUUCAACACUGGGGAGCCAGACCUCUUCAACACUGCAGCCAGCAAAGCUGGGGAACCAGACCUCUUCGGUACUGUAGCUGGCAGCACUGGGCUCCCCACGAUGGACGUCUUGAAGUCCAAUGACCCGUUUGCGCCAGGAGGCACCGCAGUGUAUACAGCCCCUGAUGCAGUAGCAGACCCCUUUGCCUCCUUCUUUGGGAAUGACUCAUUUGGGAGUGGAUUCGCUGACUUCAGCACACUGUCCAAGUCGAAUGGACCUGACCCUUUCAGCACUAGCUCUGCCCCUGACGUCUUCAGUAGUAAGAAUGUAUUUGCGGAGGAGGUACCAAAGAGCCAGGACACGCCCCCGGCCCUACCGCCCAAGAUAGGAACACCCACCAGACCCCCUCCUCCUCCCCCAGGAAAGAGGUCGUCCCUUUCCAGGUCGGAGUCCUCAGACUCAUACAAGCGGAGCAACCAGUUCCAGACACCGGGUUUGGGGGACCCCUCUCAGCCCGAGUCCCAAGACGAGAAGCUCCGGGACCCCUUCUCCACAUCGUCCCCCAGCAAGGCUCCUCCAGACCCGGCUAACUUCAGCAGCAUCAACAGCUACCCCACUGAGGAGGACUUGAUCGAAUGGGCGAAGCGCGAGAGUGAGCGGGAGGAGAAGGAGAGGCUUGCCCGGCUCACCCAGCAGGAACAGGAAGACCUGGAGCUGGCCAUCGCCCUCAGCAAGUCUGAAAUCUCGGAGCCUGGCCUGUUGUCAUGAAGGUUUGCUACCUGAAGAAAUAUCCAGUGAAACCAGCCUCUUGUUGACUAGUUUUACAGAACCUCAAUAUACAAAUACGUGUCAGAUUUUUAAAUAAUACUACGAAGGUAAGGCAACCGCCAUUCAAAUGACAGAGCCACUGUUUGUUGACUCUUAAGGUAUUCUUGGUCAGCAGUUUCCCCCUUGAAUUCUCAAUCCUUCCAAAUCCUUGCAGUGCCCAUGAAGACUUUUACUAAUUGUAUAUAUUGGAGCCAUGGCUGCUUCUCUGUAAAAGAACUCCAGCUCAUCUCAUUGUAAUAGACACUCCUAUUCCUGUUACUGAUGUGAAUUGUAUAGAUGCCUGUCGCAUAUAAAACCACUGAUGUAUGUUAACAGCCUACCUAUAUAUGCUUUUUAAAUUGGCUCAUUUUAUUUUUUAUAUUUUAACUUGUCCCGAUUUAUUUUUUUUCAUAUUGUUCUCAUUUUUUGUUAAUGGAAAAUCCUUAAAUUGUCUAAAUAAUUUCCUGACUGUAACCUGUAAUUAAAAUAAUAAU